AUGUUAUCAUUAAAAGGAUACUGUAAGGGAUAUGAAAAUUUAAUAGCAGGUUUUUCUGGUGCAAAUGAUUGUAAAAGUAACAGACCACAAUAUGGAAGUUAUUAUAAUGCUAUAAAACAAAUUUAUAAAUCUGGUGGUAUGAGAAUGUUUUAUCAAGGUAUUACUCCAUCAUUAGUUGGUGCAUCAACAGCUUGGGGAUUAUAUUUUCAUAUAUGCCAUAGGAUAACAGACAAAUGUGAACACCUUCAAAUUAAUAAAGAAAUUAAAAAUUUUGUUAUUGCUGGAGUAUCAGGUAUUGGUGUUCAAUGUUUUACUAACUGUUUUUGGGUUGCAAAAACUCGUCUUUGUUUACAAUAUGAAACUGAAAAAAGACAAUAUAAAGGUUUAAUAGAUUGUUUAUAUAAAAUUUUAAAAAAUGAAGGUAUAAUUGGUUUGUAUAAAGGAUUUGUUCCAGGAAUGUUUGGUACAUUACAUGGUUCAAUUCAAUGGAUGGUUUAUAAUUUUUUGAAAGCUUCAAAAAUUGCUGCAACAACUCCAAUGUUUCCUUAUCAAGUUUUAAAAACAAGACUUCAAGACCAACAUAAUACAGAAAAAAGUUUAAUAAAAUUAAUUAAGACAAUUUAUAGAAGAGAAGGACUUCGUGGAUUUUAUAAAGGUCUUAUUGCUGGAAAUGUUAAGCAAUUACCAACAGCUAUAGUAACAUUUUUAACAUAUGAAAAUGUUAAAUAUAUUCUCCAGUAA